GGCCAAGUCGACGUCAACUCAAAUGACAGCUACGGUCGGACGCCGCUGUUGGCGGCCGCUGAGAGCGGGCACGAGGCCGUCGUCAAGCUGCUACUCGAGACGGGCCAAGUCAACGUCGACUCGAAGGACCGCUCCGGCUGGAUGCCGCUGUUAAGGGUCACCUGGAAUGGGCACAAGGCGGUGGUAAAGCUGCUGCAAUCUUCUAUAGUUACGUAG